AUGUGCAAACAAAAACAAUAAAUAAAAAAUGUCCUCAACAAUAAAUAUAGAUGAUUUGUGUUCACUAGAUCUAUCCCUAAUAUGCCGCGGCUGCUUGGCUACGUCGGGAGAGAUGAAGAAUAUGGUGGAAUGGGGUUUAUUAGACGAUUUUCACCGGCUCACAAAUGUACAGGUGAACACGUCAGACAACCCAUCGCUGCUGCUCUGUCUGAAAUGUGAGGAUGUUCUAUACAGGUGCAGGUGUUUCAAGGUCACAUCCCAAGUGUCAGAUCAGAUGUUGAAGAGUGCCAUAGAGAAAAAACAAUCCAAGGAAUCGUUGGAGCGGACAACUGCUCCCAAAUCCGAGGAGGCAUCUAAUUCACAGGAUAACCUGAUACAUUCUGAACUCACCAGCAAAUCUGUUAUAAUGAAAAUAACCGCACCGAACAUGGACCGGAAGAUAAACCUGCCUUGCCACUAUUGCCAGAGUAACUUCUUGAAGAAAACCGACCUGGUGCAUCACUUACUGAAGCAGCAUAAAGUAGCCAAGGACUUUGCUGUGGACCUAAAAUUUUACUGUCACAUUCAAGACUGCUCGUAUUACAUCAACUCGGGGAAGGAGAAAUUUUUCACCGGCAGAAAGUAUCUGAACCAGCACGCAUUCAAAGUGCACGGUGAAAAGGUCAAUUGCAGCGUAUGCGAAUUGUCGUUCGCCAAUGACGUCGCAUACAAGCGGCAUCUGAGAACGUGCAAUUAUUUAUACAUGUGCCAGGUGUGCGACGUGCAAUACAAUACGAACGAAAAGUUGCUGAUACACUUGCUAAGAAAACAUCCCGAUCUGCACGAGCAGUAUAAGAACGAGAGGAAAGCUCAGAAACGUAGAUCCGAAAAUUGUGUUGAUACGAAGAAAAUUAAAAACGAUAGAAGCCAGGAUGGCGAUAAAGGUGACGCUUUCUGCGACAGCCCGAAAAGAUCUUUCGCAACGCAAACUCUGGAAUUGGAGAGACAUAUCAAAAACGAUGUAACUCUACCGUCUUGGCACGCGGAAAGGAUGGAUGAAACGAAAAAGGAUGAAAUGUCAACUCAAACGGUGUUCGAAGAUUUGCUCUCAUUAAAAUCUAAUAUGAGCGAGGAUGACGCAAUGUUCUCGGAUUCAGUAUCCCUAUCUGAUAUUCAAACCCAAACUCUACCUUUAGAAUUCGGUUUGAGUCGUGUCAACAAAGAGACAAUCACGUCUGAGACUCAGUCCCCGGAUUUGAGUAUAAAGGAGACUCAAACAUGUCUCUGCCUCUACGAGUCCCCGAAACCUAAUUUCCGGUGUAUUGAUAGCGUGUCCUCCAGUCCGAGUACGUUUAGUAUGUUGACAUCGACCGAGACUCAGACCCUGGACUUGAGAGGCAGUCUAUAUAAUGAUUUACUGAGUUUUUCCUCCGCGGAAACUCAAACAUGUUUUGAUGAUGAUUCGAGUAAAGAUUCAUGAUAUUGGUUUUAAUAAUAAAAGUAGCAUUAACUUAUGAAGAGAGCUAGAGGAGAGUCCAGCUUUCAAGUUAGGGAAGGGUAUCAAUAUAGUCGAGGUCUUCAAAGUCAAAGUCAAAAAUAUCUUUAUUCAAGUAGGCCCAUAGGUGGCACUUUUGA